GCAGUGUUCGCAUGUCAGCGCGACGGGUUGCGUCGCUCUGCUUCGUGAAGCCGACUCGCACGUGAUAGACUCUGAUUGAUUUGCUGUUGUUUCGCUACGGAGUUGGAAAGAGUGAAGAAUUCUAGGUCGAAAACUUGAAUCGGAUGCCAAUUAAUGUCUCGGGCGUCCUCGUGUGAAAGUAGAGGAAUGCCGCAUCAUAGUCCUGCCGAUUCCCCGGUGCCCAGUCCUCACAACCUCGUUCACAACGGUAGGAACGUCGUCAACAGCCCGAUCCACGACCUCUCAAAAGAUUCUACUGACUACCCAACGAGAAAAGCUCUGAGGAGGUCCGCGGCGUCAGCAGCCGUCACCGCAGCCAUGGCCGCCGCAGCAGCGGCUGCCUCUUCCCAAGACGGAUCUCGAAACCCAUGGAUGGAUCCGAAGAUUCUCCAGAUGGCGGCAGCCGCAGCAGCCCACGCGAACGCGCAAGCGGCUCAGGUAGGGUCGUCCGGUGGCUCCCCUCCUGACAUGUAUUCGUCGGCGGCUCAACCUCCCAAAAUCUCAGGAAUCCCGUGCGUGGCCGCGGCUUCGCGUUAUACAGCUCCGGUGCACAUCGAUGUCGGAGGGACGAUAUACACUUCGAGCCUAGAAACCCUAACCAAGUAUCCCGAAUCUCGGCUCGGUAAGCUGUUCAACGGAUCCAUUCCCAUUGUUCUAGACUCGUUGAAGCAGCACUACUUCAUCGAUCGGGACGGAAAGAUGUUCCGUCACAUUCUGAACUUCUUACGCACCGGCAGCCUGGUUUUGCCGACAGACUUUUCCGAAACAGCUCUGCUGAUCGAAGAAGCCCGUUAUUACGAUAUACCCUCACUGAAUAGAGCGCUUCAAGAAUAUCCGGCUGUGAGCAAUGGGAGUUCUUUGAAACAGAACGGGACUCCCGUGAAUCCGAAAAGAGCGCGACUUGAAAAAGCUCGGCUCGAAGAACCGAAAGAAGACAGCUACCAAUGUCUCUCGCUCAGCAUUUCGCCCGAUCUAGGUGAACGUGUUCUGAUUUCUGGCGACCGCGCUCUCAUGGAGGAAGUAUUCCCCGAAGUUCUCCAACCUAUUGAGAGCUCCGCGUCGGCGGCGACCUGGAGUUCCCAAGACUCGAAACAGGUUCUUCGCUUUCCGUUGAACGGAUUCGCCAAACUCAACUCGUUGCAAGCCAUCGAGAGGCUGCUCAACAGCGGAUUCCAGCUGAUCUCUUCCACUGGCGGUGGUAGCGGCGUAGAUGGUGCCCAGUUCUCGGAACAUCUGUUCGGUCGUCGUACUGAGAGAGGAAAAUACCCCGUCGGUAACCGAGGCGUCAAGACCGAGUAG